GCUCAGUAAUCGGUCUCAGUCACUUAUUCCUCUCGGCUUUCUCAGACUUUUAUACUACCUAUUUUUUUAUUUGUGUUGUUGAUAUUUUCAAAAUGCAGGUACUUCCGAAAGAAGAAACCAUCUCGCUUAGAGACAAACACAUUGGCAAAUCUUGCCAACUCUUCUUCCGUAAAGAUCCUCUGAAAAUCGUUAGAGCCAAAGGGCAAUACAUGUUCGAUGAAAGGGGUGAUGCCUAUCUGGAUUGUAUCAACAAUGUGGCUCAUGUUGGUCAUUGUCAUCCAGAAGUGGUUAAAGCAGGCUGCGACCAAAUGUCAACCUUGAACACCAACAACCGAUUCUUACACGACAACAUCGUCGUCUGCGCCAAAAAAAUCAUCAGCACAAUGCCCGACGAGCUUUCGGUCUGUUUCUUCGUCAAUUCCGGCUCAGAAGCCAACGAUCUCGCCAUCAGACUGGCUCAGAUCUAUACCGGAAACAAGGACGUCAUAGCACUGGAGCACGCUUACCAUGGCCAUUUGACCUCUUUGAUUGAUAUUUCUCACUACAAAUUCAAUCUACCUGGUGGCGUUGGACAGAAGAAUCAUGUUCACGUGGCCUCCCUGCCGGAUUCCUACAGGGGCAAAUACCGCGACACCGACCACCCCAAACACCAAAUCGGCCAUCUCUACGCAGACGAAGUGCGCGACAUUUGCUCCAAGGUCACCGCCAAGCCAGACGGCGGCGUCUGCGCAUUCAUCGCCGAAAGCCUGGUCAGCUGUGGGGGGCAGGUCGUCCCCCCCGACAACUACUUCGCCGAGGUGUACGGUCACGUGAGGGCAGCCGGUGGGGUGUGCAUAGCCGACGAGGUCCAAGUGGGCUUUGGAAGGAUCGGGAAGCACUGGUGGGCGUUCCAGCAGUUCGGUGUCGUGCCCGAUAUCGUCACGAUGGGCAAGCCCAUGGGGAACGGACACCCUGUGGCUUGCGUGGUGACGACCAGGGAGAUCGCUGAUAGUUUCAUGAGAACGGGCGUGGAGUAUUUCAAUACGUAUGGUGGAAAUCCGGUUUCGUGUGCUAUUGCAACAGCUGUAAUCGAUACGUUGGAAAAAGAAAACCUGAGGGAGAAUGCAGUGGUAGUUGGAGAAUACCUAUUGGAUAAUUGCCAGUUAUUGGCUAAAAAGCACAAAUGUAUCGGUGACAUCAGAGGUGUUGGACUGUUCGUCGGGAUUGAUUUGGUUCAAGACAGAGAAAGCAGGGUACCUGAUGUUCAGUGUGCUAAAUUUGUAUUGCAAAGAAUGAGAGAAGAACAUAUUCUGAUAAGUUUAGAUGGACCGCAUAGUAACAUCAUCAAAAUGAAGCCACCGAUGGUUUUCACGAAGGAAAACGUGGACGAAGUGAUUUCCACGUUGGACAGGGUGUUCAAGGAAUACCGCCAUAAGAUGGAGUUGUAUCCUCAGAAUUCUCACACCGUGCAGAACACCGCAUUCACAGAUGUCAAGGCUACCAAAGAACACAGGCCCAUCAAUACUUUGUUCCAGAAAUCAAAAAUCAAAUCCAUAUGAAGAUCAUUUCCGGAUGUAUUAUUAAGAUUAGCGAAAUCAGCAUUAAGAAGCAGAAGACACAGAAAUUCGAACAAUCUUCAUCAAUGUUCGAAUGUGAGGUUAUGAUUGUAAUAACUUCAUUUUUCUAUUUAUUCACUAUAACUAAUGUAACUUUUUUGUACUCUCUAGUCAAUAUUAAGUAAGUUUAAUUUUGCAUGAAUUCAUUGCAUGCAAACUCAAUUUCUCAAUGUUUUAAUUGAUGGAAAUAUAUAAGUAGCCAUGUAGGUAUAUCAAAUUGAAUGAACUAUUUUAUGUUCAAUGAUUAAUAAAAUACUCGAAAAUAU